CCGGUCGAGAGGGAGACGUCAGACACACCAAUCCAAUACAAUCGGAAACAAAAAAAGCGUCAAGUCAAGUUGGGAAAUCAUCCCCAAACACAACUUUUGUGCAGGAUACCUAUCUCAAAUAUUUAAUAUUUGAAGUGAAUGUGAUAGUUAUUAGGGGCUUUAGUUAAGUUUUACCAAUUUCAACUCGGCAGCCCUCUAAACCUCAACAUGUUGGCCCUAAUGAACAGAAUAUUGGACUGGUUCAGGAGCCUCUUUUGGAAAGAAGAAAUGGAAUUGACUCUGGUUGGUCUUCAAUAUUCAGGAAAGACAACCUUUGUUAAUGUUAUUGCUUCUGGACAAUUUAGUGAAGAUAUGAUUCCAACAGUAGGCUUCAAUAUGAGAAAAAUCACAAAAGGCAAUGUGACGAUUAAGGUAUGGGAUAUUGGUGGUCAGCCCAGAUUUAGAUCAAUGUGGGAGAGGUACUGUAGGGGUGUUAAUGCAAUUGUCUACAUGGUUGAUGCGGCUGAUAAUGACAAAAUAGAAGCGUCAAGAAAUGAACUUCACAAUCUGCUAGACAAACCACAGCUUGCUGGGAUUCCAGUAUUAGUCCUUGGAAAUAAAAGAGACAAACCUCAAGCAUUAGAUGAAAAUGGUCUUAUUGAAAGGAUGAAUUUAUCAGCAAUUCAAGACCGUGAAAUCUGUUGUUACUCAAUUUCCUGUAAAGAAAAAGACAACAUUGAUAUCACAUUACAGUGGCUGAUAGCACAUUCCAAAUCAGGUAUGCGUUAAGGAACUGACAAGACAAGGUUUAUUUGAAGUGUUUUAUGGAAGUGUAUAUUUCAAUUCAUCAAUUACAAAGUUGAGAUUUGUUAGAGUAGCCAUAUAAAAUUAGUCUAACAUAAAGAUAAUAAUGACUACGUUCACCAGAACCAAAACGGAUUGUAAACAGUUUACAAUUACCAACAGAAUAUGUUGGGUAAACUCUUGGUUCUGCUGAACGAUUCAACUUUUCAAUGAUAAAACGUCACGUUCUGAAUGACAGGUUACCACACAAAACACAGUGUUGAAAAUUAUAAACACUCUGAAAUUAUGCUUGCAAAAAUGGCGACCUUUUGCAAAACAUGUUUGGUUUUAACCCAAAUUCAACGUAGCGUUCAGCAGAACAAUCGCAAACCGUUUACCAACAUUUGUAUCUGGUGAACCCGGCCAAUAAUAGAAUAAUAAUGCUAUCUUUGUUGUAAAUAAUCCGGAAUUGUAGGUUAAUGCUUUAUAUGUAAGUGCAAUUAUUGUUUUUUAUACUUUUUAAAAUUACAUUGUAUACAGUGUCCCCCAUAAUGUUCGCUACAUAUGGAAACAUUUUUUAUUUGUAGGAUAUGGAAUUUUUUCUUAUCUGCAAUAGAUCCUGCGUGUCCAAUAACAUGAAAGUAUAUUUUGACAUCGGUCACGUGAUCUCUGUUGUGGCGGCAAAUUCGAAAAUCUAGAUAUGGAAACGCGAAAGUAGGGUUAGAUGGCAAAAUAUUGGGAAAAGGUAUUUGAGUCUGCAAAAUUUGGAGCAAAAACAAAAAAUAGGAAAUUACUUGUUCUUCACCAUGGAUCUCUUAUCAAAUAUUAUUAGACAGUUGUUAUUAUUGAAAUAGUCCAAGUACCUCAAUAUUUAAUAUGUAUUGGUAAAACAAACUUAAAUUCUUCAUUCGAAUCAUUUCUAGAGAAUAAAAUAAAAAUAUUCGAUUAGCACAUGAAACUUUUCUGUAGCAAUACCCUGUAUCUCGACAUUUUCUGAGAUUUCCAAUAAUUUACUGUUGAUACAACAACUGAAAAGAACCGUUAUUGAGGUUUUUUAAUAAAUAUUUCAAAAGUUCUAAAUACGUUACUUAACUGUCAAGAUACGGGUAUUGCUACAGAAAAGUUUCAUGUGCUAAUCCAAUAUUUUCAUUUAGUUCUCUAGGAAUGAUUCCAAUAAAGAAUUAUUUAAGUUUGUUUUGCCAAUACACAUUAAAUAUUGAGGUACUUGGUACUUUGGUACUUUAUCUAUAGAUUUUCAAUAAUAAAAACUGUAUAAUGUUACUUGAUAAGAGAUCCAUGGCGAAAACAAGUAACUUCCUAUUUUUUGUUGCUUUUGCUCCAAAUUUCUUAGAGAGCCCUAAAACAUCUAAUCACUUUUUAACUUUUUCCGAUAUUUUGCCAUCUAAACCCACUUUUCGCGUUUCCAAAUCUAAAUUUUCGAAUUUGCCGCUACAACAGUGAUUACAUGACUGAUGUCAAAAUCUACUUUUAGGUUAUUGGACAUGCAGGAUCGAUCGCACAUAAGAAAAAAAUCCAUAUGUAGGGAACAUUACGGGGGACACUGUACAUACAUAUUAUUAUAUAGUUAUCCAAGAAAUUACCAAUUUUUUGGAUCACUUCAUUUCUUUCUUCUCUACUUGUAGAUAUGGCGACUUUAACACCAAAAAGAGUUUUGGAUAGAUCCAAAGAUCUUUAUGAUUUUUUUAGAGCGAAGUUAAACUUAUAAUAAUUAUUAUCGCAGUGCUGCAAAAAAUAUUAUUUCCACAUUGUGUAUUGGUAAACAAUGUUUUUGUCUGCAUUGCUAUGUACGCUGGGUGUUAGAUUGUUUACCUAUGAAACUAAGAAUCACCGGACUACCAAGAUUUUCCCGAGGGAACUUGCCUUAAAAUUAUUAUUGAAGUCAAAUAUCAGAGCUUAUUAUUUCAACUGUGAUUUGAAAUAUAUUUUGCAAUUCAUAAGGUGUAUGUAUCUUCUUGACAGUAAGAAGAAUUUAAUCGGAAUAUAUUCUAUAUGGAAAGUUCACCAGAGAAGUAAGCUGUCAUAUUCAAUAUCGAGCGUCAUAACGGACAAUUCGAUUCGACUCGUAAAAUAGAAUCCAGCAGCUGCCUUUCUGAAGGAUUAAUAUAUUAUUUUUCUGAUCAUAAAAAUUAUCCUUAUUCCGUGUUGGAUAGUCAUGAAUUGUUUGUUAGUGGCCAGUCUAUCAGACAAAUAGUUCGGCGCUACCCCAUUUUUUAUUUUGUAAAUAAACUGUAGGUGAUUCACCUCAGUUAGGUACCCCAGUUUAGUCUGUCAAACAGGUACCAAUCAAUUUCGUAUGGGAAAAUAAUGCCGUCACGGCAACUUUGGUAGGCGAUUUGGUCUGUCAAAUUCUAUACUUUUUUGUAACUCGGUAGUGGAGGUCUGGUAGCUUUCUGUCUCACUUUGAAGCACAAUAAUUCAAUUUUAAAUAAACAUGGCAAAGCCGAAAUGUACCAAACGCCCUACCCACUGAAUUCGGAUGAGAUUGUAGAGCUACAUCAGUCAUAAGUACCAACUGGUUACCAAUUCGCUUACCAAACAGCAGAUGAAAUCGCCCUAUGAUGGCAUUGUGGUUGUUAUAUCAAUAUUGUUUUCUGGUUUGGUAUAAUACUUGUAUUGCACUAGCGAGAUGCCCAGUGUCCCAAAUGAAUCAAAUUUUCUCUUUAUUGUCUAACAAAGCACAACCACUCGUAUUGCAUGUUGUAGCUGUGUCUAGAAGCCAUACAACCUCAUAGUAUGAGGAAAAUGCAUUGGAUUAUAUACUUAACGUCUGUAAAAUGACCUUUCCAGAUUGAAAAUAUUAUACGAUAUACGAUACAUUUUAGCAUUGUACUGGCAGUUUGGACAGUUACUGCUGAUGGAAUUCAACAAAUUCCAUUUGACUGUGAAAUAUAUUGCCCCAGGAUCAAAUAACUACACCAGGGCACAGACACGAAGUAAAUAAAAUGAGAACCAAUUUUAGUACUUUCAAAUGCUCCCCUGUUCUAUUUCGUAGUUGGUUAUUGCAUUUACUGUUUCACUUAUACAUUUGUAAUAAAGACAGUUUCCUAGCAAUAAGGGCCAGUUUCUCGUUUCAAAGUUAUUCUCUUGGGUUUGAAUUUCUUGGUUAAACAGACAUUUAUUUUUUGCAUUGAUUCAAUAUCCCGAUUGAAAAAUGGCAAGCCUACAAGGCAAAUAAGGAAACUGUGUUGACCCGAGUUUGAUGAACUCACUUUGUGAAAUGAUUUUCUUGUUAAUAUUGUCUCCACUUCUCCACAUCGACCUUAAGCAUUAGACAUCUGCUCUAACUGUGGGACGAUUAUGAGGAGUUUUCUGCUUAUAGGCUAGUAAAAUAACUUAUUGUUUGUAGUUCUGAGUUCUGUGAGAUAAACUACCUCAUAUUUAAUAUCUGUGGAACCAUGAAUACUUACAAAUGUGAAAUCGAUAUUUUGUUACAGUGGCUCUUAUAUCGGGUGUCAAUGAGAUCACUUUCGCUCUGGCAUUUUUUUAUUUCUUUCCUGAUCGAAAUUAAUUUCGGUGUAGAGUUUAGAUUUGACAAAUGUCAUCUUUUGACGUAUGUGUAAAAGUCUAGCAACUUCCGGUUUUACCGGAAGUGACCAUAGCUUCAUAAAUCUAAAUGGCAACCUAGUACUUUUUAGUUGUUUUGAAAUCUUGGGAUCAUUCUGUAUAUAUGGAAAUAUCAAAUUUGAAGCUGUUUUACGAAGUUUGAAAAUUUUAAAACAAAAUUUUUUUUUGAGUUGAGACUACCAGGACCAGGAUUUUCCUGAAACUGUUUAUUUUGGUACACAUAACUGUAGAAAAAUAUAAAUACGUUGUUUUCACUUAUCAUUUGUCUACCAAAUGUUUCCAAAGUUGGCAAAAUUGUAUUUUAUGUGAUAACAUAAUAAAAUUAAAUGAAACCACCCAACUUUCACAUGUCAAAUUGAUAAUAUGCUCCAAAAUAAAGCUAACGAUGUAUUGAAGCUUUCUAAAAAGACCCAUUUUUAAUAAACUUUCUUUCACUCUCAAUUUGUUCAAAAGUUACAAAAAAAAAUAUUGACAAGCCCUGGUAUUGGGAAUGGCAAGAAGCUGGUGGCCAAAGUUGUCAUGUAAGCCCAUUGACAGGCAAUAUUUUUUUGUCAUUUUGAGGUGCAUUCGGUAUUUACGUCGGAUCUAUCUUUUUUCUCUUGCAUCUGAUGCGUUUUACAAUAUUGUUAAUAGAUAAUUAAAAUAUCCACUUGCUCGUUCUUCGUAAACAUUAUUUAAUUUGCUUCAUUUACAUGGUGCAAGUAGCUUGAGCAAGUACUAACGCCAGUAGCUAAAUUAUCUUUGUUUUCGUGCAAGUGAGUGUCUACAUGCAUUUUACUGAUUUUAAGUCGAAUUUAGUGAUUAGUGCAAAUUGAGGUGAAACGGCAGCAAGUAAAGUUGUUCGAAAAGAAAUUCAAAAAUGCAUUUUUAGUGUUUGUGGAGAAUUAUCAGAAAUUUUAUUGAAAAAAAUUGAAAAAGAAAAACGUUGUUGGGUUCGACCAUCGAUAUCUCCUGUCUACACGCGUCCAGUCCGCUAAAGUCAGUAAAAUAAACGAGAGUGGGGGAAGCCACCUGCUCAAGUAAAUAGAACCUGCUUCUAUUCACUUGACUAAAGAGUUCACUUGCUCAAGUACUAAAUUAAGGUGUUUACACGAUUCAAGUUACUAAAUUUUAGUUACUGGCGUUAGUACUUGCUCAAGCUACUUGCACCGUGUAAAUGAGGCUUUAAUUACGUACCUACGUAAAAAAUAUAUUUGACAAACAUUGACAAAUAAAAUUAAUUUCCUGACAAUGCGUUGUUAUGAAAAGAUUAUGGCCACUAGCUUCUUCUAUUCCCGAUACCGGGGCUUGUCUAUAUUUUUUUGUAACUUUUCAGAUUAAAAACUAAAGAUAAUUUAUUGAAAAUUAGUCUUUAGAAAGUUUCAAUAUGCCGUUUGCCUCAUUUUGCAUCAAGUUAUUUUUUGAUUUUUGAUUUGAAAGUUGGGUGGUUUUAAUUAUUUUAAUAAUUUUAUCACAUAAAAUACGAAUUUGCCAACUUUGGAAACAUUUGGUAGCCAAAUGAUAAGUGAAAACAACGCAUUUCCAUUUUUCUAUAGUUAUGUGAGUCAAAAUAAAAAGUUUUAGGUAGAUCCUCGUAAUCUCAAAUUAAAAACAAAUUUCGUUUUAAAAUUUGCAAACUUUGUCAAACAGCUUCACAUUUGUCAUUUCCAUAUAGAGAAUGAUCCCAAGAUUUCAAAACUACUAAAAAACACAAGUUUGCCAUUUAGAUUUAUGAAGCUAUGGUCACCUCCGGUAAAACGGGAAGUUGCUAAACUUUUACAUAUACGUCAGAAGAUGACAUUUGCCAAGCCUAAACUCUAAACCUAAAUUGAAUUCGAUCGGAAAAGAAAUAAGAAAAUGCCAGAGCGAAAGCGAUCUCGUUGACACCUGGUAUGUUUCAAAAAUCACUCUUUUGUUUUUUGCUAUUUAUCAUCGGCUCUGUCCUGGGUCAUAGUCAGAUCUGAAUGGAAAGAAGCAACUCUGGUAUAGCUUUUGAACCUUUCUGGUUUCUUAUCUAACUUAAAAUCUGCUUUAUCAGUAGAUAUAAAUCUUGAAGGUUAAGGAAGCAAAUUAUUUAGAGAUGCAGCAUGUUUGGGCCCAGCUAUCGCCCAUCUUAUUCGGGUGAUGAAUAAGUUGUAUCAAUAAAUUAUUCAACAGAAAAUGGAUAACAUGAACAUACCAAGUUCUACCUUGAAACUCCUUAUAGAUCUAGAUAUUAUUUUGAUCUCAUCAAAAGCAAGAGGAAAAAUCCGAUAAAACUUUCAAAACACUCAAUAAAGCGUAAAAAUGCACAUUAUCUCUAAAUCGAAAUUUUAUAAGAUCAAAGUAAUUACCCAUUACUUCAAAGUCAAGGGCAGGAAAGUACCUACAAAUAUCGAAAUUUUUAUUAUGUUUGUUCCAACUAUUUUUUUUUUUUCACAAUUUUCUUCUCGAAAUAUGUAGUAUCAUAGUCGAACAAAAUAUUUCGACUUUAUAUAAUUGAACUACAUUAUAUGCAUAUAGCAGCACUUCUCAAAAAAUUACUGUGUACUGCAGUUUUCACAAAAUGAUGGAAGACAGAAAACUUAUUUCAUAAAUUAUAAAAAAAUCUAAUUUUCUUAUGGAUACAAGAGAUAUUUUUUUUUUUUUUGAAAAAUAAAUAAAAAUUUAUUGUGAUAUAACUCCUUAUGUCUGAUCAAACCCAAGUCAAGAAUUAGUUGCGUCUUCAAUUUUUGUUUUGUUAAAAAAUAUAUAUAUUUUUUUUUUGCAUAAUAGUUGAUUAAAGAAAAAAACGUAGGUAAUGAAUAAGUAUAUCCUAGUCAACACCUAUAAUAUUUCAUGUAGUUUUAGGUUCUUAUGAAGUAAAUUUUAGAUUUUGUGUUGUGUCAUGUUGUGUUUAUCUUAUAAGUAUAUGAAAAAUUAAACCGGGCCUAAGCAAGAUAAUUUUUGAAUAAAAAUUAUUGAAAUUAUCAAGUUGAACAUAUACUUUCAUCAAGCUUAGGCCAGGUUUAUUAAUCUUCAGAUAACCUUGCUGGUAACUAUCUGCAAGAUAAAUGUACCGUUUUAUGAUUCUAUUGGUCGACGGAUAGAGUAAAAAUCAAACGAGAAGAAACCAUUGACGUCAGCGCUGACAAAGAAGUCAGAUUUCCUUUUCUCUGGGUCCCUCCCAUUUAAAGUGAGACACACGAUAACGCGUGUGGCUUCUUCUCGUUUGAUUUUUACUCUAACUGACCAACCAAUGGGAUUACAGAUUUUAUCCGUCAGAUUGCAUACCUGACAGUUUACUAGAAGGUGAAUAAACCAGCCCUUAAUUUAAUAUUUAUUAUGGCAUGUGGGUAAGUAUCUACCAGAUACCAAUAACUUUUAGUUUUGGAUCAUUAAAAGGUAUGUUGCAUAAAAGUUAUUCAAAUAUAAAAAUGGAUAUUCUAUGGGGAACCCUGUAUGAAAACCUACACAUAAAUUAAGAUAGAUAUAACUGACACUUAUUGUUUCCCAUAUUAUGUUAUUUUUUUUUUAGAAAAUAAAGCAGAUAGCUUAUAUCUUUUAUAGUUGUCCAUAAUUUUAUACUUUUUUUGUUGUAACAAACAACAUAAACAAAAUAUACAUAUAUGUUCUAACAUAAUAUAUUAUAAUAUAUUCUCUUGUUAUGAAGUGAUAAAAUAAAUGUAAACUUUUUAUAUUGUAAUAAUUAUUUGUUUAUAGUCUCAUGCUUUUUGGAUCGAAAAUAAAAU